UUCCGGCAAGGGACCCCUCCCUCCCGCCCCCGCCGUUGGACCACCGACCCAAGGCGGAGCCGCUGCACAAGCGACGUGUUCUCCGGAUUAAAAAGAGGGGGUGGUUUAGAAGGUGCCAGAGGAAUGAGGCAGGUGGACGCGAUUUGGCUAUGUUCUCAGCAAGGUUCUAGGACUGGGAUCGCUUUGGCAGCAGCAGGGCGUACACCUAUUCACUCACCUGGGUCAGUGAAUAACCCUAUACCUUCUAAUCUGAAAUCAGAAGCAAAGAAGGCUGCCAAGAUAUUAAGAGAAUUCACAGAAAUAACUUCCAGAAAUGGGCCUGAUAAGAUUAUUCCUGCCCACGUGAUUGCAAAAGCUAAAGGACUUGCAGUGUUGUCUGUGAUUAAAGCUGGAUUUCUGGUGACAGCCAGGGGAGGCAGUGGGAUUGUCCUGGCGCGUCUUCCAGAUGGAAAAUGGUCUGCACCUUCAGCCAUUGGGAUUGCUGGCCUUGGUGGAGGAUUUGAAAUAGGAAUAGAGGUGUCGGAUUUGGUGAUAAUUCUGAAUUACGACCGAGCAGUAGAAGCCUUUGCAAAGGGUGGAAACCUGACUCUCGGAGGGAACUUUACUGUGGCAGUCGGGCCCCUGGGCAGGAACCUGGAAGGAAAUGUGUCCCUGAGGAGCUCUGCAGCUGUCUUCACUUACUGCAAAUCCCGGGGCCUCUUUGCUGGCAUCUCCCUAGAAGGAAGUUGUUUGAUUGAAAGGAAAGAGACCAAUCGGAAAUUUUACUGUCAGGACAUUCGAGCUUAUGACAUUUUGUUUGGAGAUGUGCCACAGCCUGCUCAAGCCGAAGAUCUUUAUGAAAUUCUCAAUUCCUUUACUGAGAAGUACGAAAAUGAAGGGCAACGUAUCAAUCUGAGGAAGGCAGCACGGGAGCAGAAGAAGGCUAAAGAAUUACCUCCAAAACCAUCAUCGAGACCACAGCGAUCCCUAGCUCCCGUCCAGUCAAAUGGCUCCCAGAGCAAUGGAAAUGAAUAUAAACUAUAUCCUGAGCUUUCUAGCUAUCGUGAGAAAACUGGCAAUUUGAAUCAGCCAAUAGAGGUGACAGCACUCUACUCUUUCGAGGGGCAACAGCCAGGGGAUUUGAAUUUUCAAGCUGGAGACAGAAUCACAGUUAUAUCAAAGACUGACUCACAUUUUGACUGGUGGGAAGGAAAACUUCGAGGCCAAACUGGAAUUUUUCCAGCCAACUAUGUAACUAUGAAUUAAAGUUCAUGCAAUUUUGUUAUUUGAUAAUUGCUCAGAAAUAUUUCUACACGGACAGGAUUCAUUUAUUUGCAUUAAUCUGUUGAAACACUUCUUUGCUCUGCCAAUGUUUUCUCCAGUUAUAGAAGGUUUUUCUCUACAUAUAAAUAAAUGGUUAAAUUAA